UUUGGAGGCAAGCUUGCCCCGGCGAGUAGCUCAGGUGGGGCGGGAGAGUCCCGAGCCGCCGGGGAAACUCCCCCUGGGCGAUAGCGAUCGGUCUGAUAGCUGCACUGGAUUGCUGAUUGAGGUCCCCUCUAAAUUAUAACACUGAAAACAAUGGCAACAGAAUGUAUAAAAACCUGCUGUAAAUUGUGUUUCUGCGUGGACAAGGAAAAAAAUGAUCUUUCCAUGGUGCAGGAAUCUGAAGCAGUAGCUGCAAGCAAGCCAACUAUUGUAGAGCAGCCUCCAUUGUCUUCUGUGUCAGUGAAGCGUCAAGUUGGCUGUUCCGAGGAUUAUUUGCUUUCUAAACUGCCCCUGGAUGGCCAGGAGGUGCCAUUUGUGGUCCCUCCGUUCAGAAUGGCUUAUGUACAGCCAAAGAACCUUCCUGGUAUCUCGCGUGCUGGAGGGAUUAAAGAGUCAGCCAGAGCCUCGUUUGGCGAGCGGAAGGCAGAGCUGCACGGCGUGUACCAGUGGCCCGGCUGUGACAUCUACAACCCCUUCUAUCUGGAGCAUCGUGUCUCACCUGAUCUCAUCAGGCGCUGCCAAGCAAAAGCAGAUAGCAGGAAAUUGUAUGGAUCAGUUAGUGAUUUAAGAGCCAGUGCUUUGGCUGGACCCCUCGAUGUGAGCCGUUCGAUGUUUGAUCUGAGGAGCCCCCCUCACCGGUUCAUCAAGAGAUAUGAUUCAGUCUCCAGUGUACCUAGCAGUUCUUCUUCCAGGAAGGAUUCGCAAGGCAGUAACAGGAGUCUGGAUACCAUUACAUUAUCAGGUGAUGAACAAGACUUUGGAAGACUGAAUGUGAAGUUGUGUUAUGUUUCUUCUGUAGAACAGAUUUGGAUCACAGUUUUACAUUGCAAAGACCUGAGCUGGCCUUCUAGCUGUGGGGAAAAUCCUCGUAUCUGUGUCAAGGGAAUUCUCACACUGCCCAAGCCAGUGCAUUUCAAAUCUUCUGUCAAAGAGGGCUGCAAUGACAUUGAAUUUAUGGAAACUUUUGUUUUUGCCAUUAAACUGCAAAGCCUGCAGGCUGUCAGACUGGUAUUUAAAAUCCAGACACAGACUCCCAGGAAAAAAACGAUUGGAGAAUGUUCCUUGGCACUGCGGGAGCUGAGCUCACAGGAGUCCAAUCAUUGGCUGGAUAUAUCUCCUCCUUCCAAAGCACCUGUGUGCCAUGCAGAACUUCAAAUAGGAACUUGUUUUCAAGCAAUAAACAGGAGGAUACAGUUACAGAUUCUUGAAGCACAAAACCUUCCUGUUUCAUCUACGCCACUGUCUUCAAAUUUCUUUGUGAAAGUUGGAAUGUUUAGUACAGAAGGGAUCAUCUAUAAGAAGAAGACUCGCCUUCUGAAGUCCACUAAUGGCCAAGUGAAGUGGGGAGAAACAAUGGUUUUUCCAGUUAGCCAAGCAGAACAAGGAAUUAGCUUUCUCAUCAAGCUCUACAGCAGAAGUUCAGUGAGAAGAAAACACUUCCUAGGACAGAUCUGGUUAAGUUCUGAUAGCAGCAACAGUGAAGCAGUAGAGCAGUGGAAAGAUACCAUUGGAAAUCCUGAAAAAGUUGUUGUUAAAUGGUACAGCAUUGGCCCAUCUUGA